CGCCAUUAUCGCAUCUCCCCGACAAACACCACGAGAAUUCCGCAGCCCACACGGUGACGGGAGCCCAGCCCCGCUGUGAGUCGGACAGUGCGUGUGGACCGCCCCUCCUCCCGCUCUGGAUGAUGUCGGAGCACGACCUGGCGGACGUGGUCCAGAUCGCGGUGGAAGACCUGAGCCCCGACCACCCAGUUGUUCUGGAGAAUCACGUGGUGACAGAUGAGGACGAGCCGGCUCUGAAACGCCAGCGGCUGGAAAUCAACUGCCAGGACCCGUCCAUAAAGUCAUUCCUGUACUCCAUUAACCAGACCAUCUGCCUGCGGCUGGACAGCAUCGAAGCCAAGCUGCAGGCUCUGGAGGCGACUUGCAAGUCGCUGGAGGAGAAGCUGGACCUGGUCACCAACAAGCAGCACAGCCCCAUCCAGGUCCCCAUGGUGGCCGGCUCCCCCCUCGGCGCGACCCAGACGUGCAACAAAGUGCGAUGCGUCGUCCCCCAGACUACAGUAAUACUCAACAAUGAUCGGCAGAACGCCAUUGUAGCCAAGAUGGACGACCCCUUGAGCAACAGGGCACCGGAUUCCCUGGAAAAUGUCAUUAGCAACGCUGUUCCCGGGCGGCGGCAGAACACCAUUGUGGUGAAGGUGCCGGGCCAAGAAGACAGCCACCACGAGGACGGGGAGAGCGGCUCCGAGGCCAGCGACUCCGUCUCCAACUGCGGGCAGUCCGGGAGCCAGAGCAUCGGGAGCAACGUCACCCUCAUCACCCUGAACUCGGAAGAGGACUACCCCAACGGGACCUGGCUGGGCGACGAGAACAACCCCGAGAUGCGGGUGCGCUGCGCCAUCAUCCCCUCCGACAUGCUGCACAUCAGCACCAACUGCCGCACGGCCGAGAAGAUGGCCCUGACGCUGCUGGACUACCUCUUCCACCGCGAGGUGCAGGCCGUGUCCAACCUCUCGGGCCAGGGCAAGCACGGCAAGAAGCAGCUGGACCCGCUCACCAUCUACGGCAUCCGCUGCCACCUUUUCUAUAAAUUUGGGAUCACGGAAUCUGACUGGUAUCGGAUCAAGCAGAGCAUCGACUCCAAGUGUCGGACGGCGUGGCGGCGGAAACAGCGGGGCCAGAGCCUGGCGGUCAAGAGCUUCUCGCGGAGAACGCCAUCCUCAUCCUCCUACAGUGCCUCAGAGCCGAUGAUGGGCGCCCCGUCCCCCGCCAGCGAGCUCCAGCAGCCGCCGCCGCAGGCCUUGCACUACACCCUGGCCAACGCGCAGCAGGUGCAGAUCCACCAGAUCGGCGAGGACGGGCAGGUCCAAGUAGGACACCUCCACAUCGCCCAGGUGCCUCAAGGGGAGCAGGUGCAGAUCACGCAGGACAGCGAGGGCAACCUCCAGAUCCAUCACGUCGGACAGGACGGGCAGGUGCUGCAGGGGGCCCAGCUGAUCGCCGUGGCCUCCUCGGACCCCGCUGCGGCAGGAGUGGACGGGUCGCCUCUCCAGGGCAGUGACAUCCAGGUCCAGUACGUCCAGCUGGCGCCGGUGAGUGACCCCACGGCCGGGGCGCAGACAGCCGAGAGCCUGCAGCCCACCCUGCAGCCCGAGAUGCAGCUCGAGCACGGAGCCAUCCAGAUCCAGUGAGGGCGGCCGUCGCCCGGUCCGGAACUGCACCGAGCCCAGCGCCGGCCCCAGCCGCCAGCCCGGCCCCCACGCCCUGUCGUCACGGCUUCCGGCACGGGCGGCCACCGCGCGUUCUGUUAAGUGCGUCCGAAAGCCACCUCCUCCACCGGGGAGGGUCCUAAUAAACUAAACAGGUAACAGCAACCGCCGCGCCCGCCCGGAAGACCCCGUUUCUUUCGAGUCCCACCGUUGGCGUCUGGAGGACGAGGGAGGCCCGGUGCCAGGCGUGUGGAGUACAUGUGGGAAAUCAAGAACUGAUAUUUUUCUGUUUAAACAGCUUUUUUAAUUUGCUAUGGUG